AUGAGUGGUCUGCACGGCAAUGGCAAAGUCAUCCAAUUGGAUACCGAUAUCCAAGUUGAUACCAACGAAGAAGCGUCAUAUUUAAAACCAGUAAACCCCUGUAAGAGAUUAAGUUACUCUAGCGCGAAACCCUACGAUCUCCAAGCACAAGAUAGGUUAAACAAUAUCUUCACUUUCAGUUCGGUUUAUGCUUGCCAGACCGGGAAAUGUGAUAGUGCUUUGGUAUUGUUUCUUUUUAUUGUAUUUCAAGUCAACAUCUACUUGUUUCCUUUAUGCCGCUGCGGAUUAAAAGAAUCGACCGACUUCGGUAGUGUGGUCGGAAGUCCGAAUUUCCUCGUAUAUUUCAGAUCUGCUGUAUUUGCAAAGUAA